AUGAGCAGCAAAUUAAAAUUUUUGACCCUGCUCUGUGUCGCCACCACCGGCACGUACUACAUAUGUGUGCACAAGAAGAAAGAAAUUAAGGAGCUACUCAAUUCCAUGUUUGUAAAAGGCAAAAAGAAGAAACACAGACGGAGGGACAGUGUAAGGAGGAAGAAUCCCAGUGGACGUAAGGCGAAGUCCUUGGCUAGCUUAGCAUCGAUGGAAAGCGAAUCGGAAGCAGACAAAAUUGUUCACGUGAAUGAAGACACCUCUGUUAUCAGCUCAGAAGAUGACUCAUAUUUCCUUGACGCGAGGGAAGAGAGCCCACGGGGGGGGAAUGGCCUGGUAGGCAGCCACACCAAUGGCGGGAGCACGAAGAGGGAGGAAGCUUCCUCAUCCGAAGAAGCAGAAGAAAAAGAAACAGAAGAAGAAGAAAACGAAGAGAGCACCCUGACCGAUGUCGAAGAUAUUAACAACCUAAAUGACCGAGCAACUUACAACGUUGUGCAGAUAAAAGCGAAACAUAGAAGCCGGGGGAAAUACCUGAAUGGGCUUCGGAAUGGAACCCCCCAAAAGGGGGUCUUCCCAAAGGGAGUCCCUCCAAAGGGGACCCCCCCAAAGGGACUUCCCCACGAAGAGGAAGAUUUCCAAUCUGCGGAUAACUUAAACAAAUGCGGGGUCAUCCUCCCGGAGAAGUACAAAAUAUAUUUCAAGUCCUUCGGAUGCGCACACAACAGCUCGGACUCCGAAUUUAUGAUGGGCCUGCUGGGUAAUUAUGGAUUUCAGUUUGUUAAAAGUGUGGAAGAGUGCGAUGUGUGCAUAAUUAAUAGCUGCACGGUGAAGAAUCCAAGUGAGGAAAGUAUGAAGACCAUUAUCAAUUACGUGCACAAGUUGAAUAAGGCCACCAGGAGGAGGGCGACUGGCCAAGUGGACAAAAAAGGGAAGAGGGGAAAGAAUGGAGAACUGGGGAAAAAGGGACAAACAGAGGGGGGUGAACAAGACCAACAUUUGGAUUAUCUCACAACGUCAUCUUCUGGAAUCUCGGAUUUUGAGCGUGACAACGGGUGUGGGAAGGGAGAAUCCAGCUGCUGCGCGGAGGCAGCAUGUGCAUGUGCGCCCGAGAAGGGCGAUUCGAGUUUGGUCAAAAGGGCAGCAAUGAAGGGAGCGACAGAGGAAAUGGAAAAGGAUGCAGUGGAGGUUGCGACAAAGGAAACGGAAAAGGGUGCGGUGAAGGGAGCGGCCGCCACAGCCCCCCGCCGAGACAUCAAAAUCAUCGUCUGCGGAUGUGUGCCGCAGGCGGAGAAGGACAUGGAGAUAUUCGAAAACGUGUCGCUCGUGGGGGUGACCAACAUCGACAAAAUCGUGGACGUCGUGGAGAAUGUAAUUAACGGGUACAACGUGCGCUAUCUGAAACAUGCAAAAAAAAUGACCUCACUAAAUCUCCCGAAAAUAAGAAAAAACAAGUACAUAGAAAUCAUCAAUAUUAACAACGGGUGCCUGGGAAACUGCACCUACUGCAAGACCAAAUUUGCCAGAGGGGACUUAGCUAGCUAUAACAUCUCCGACAUUAUUAACAGAAUAAAGCAUGUGUGCAGUGAGGAAAAUAUAAAAGAAAUCUGGCUCACCUCGGAAGACACAGGGGCGUAUGGAAUCGAUUUAAAUACCAACAUCGUCAAACUGCUGAAAGAAAUUUUGGACACCAUUUCCAGCAGCGACGUUAUGAUCCGCCUAGGCAUGACCAACCCACCGUACAUUCUGAAACACGUCAAAGAUAUAUGCAAUUUGUUAAAGCAUAAAAAUAUGUACGAGUUUAUUCACAUCCCUGUUCAGAGCGGCAGUAACGGAGUGUUAAAAAAUAUGAACAGGGAAUAUCAAAUUGAAGAUUUUAUAUACUUAGUGGAAAAUCUAAGGAAGGAUGUUCCAAAUAUAACCAUUGCAACGGAUAUUAUAUGCGGAUUUCCAUACGAAAUGGAGAAAGAUCACGUCCAAACUGUCGACUUGGUAAAAAAAUAUCAAUUUCCGAUACUUAAUAUUUCCCAGUUUUAUCCCAGAAGGGGCACUGUAGCUUAUGGCAUGAAGAAAAUUAACACGAAAAUUGUGAAAAAAAGAUCGAGAGAAAUAACGGAUGCGUUUCUUUCCUAUAUGAACAAUUACAAAUUUUUGGAAGGAACUACGCAAAGGGUUUUAUUCACGGAAGUGUCCACAAAAAGUGAUGACCUUAUUGGGCACACGAAACAGUAUGUUAAGGUGUUGUUGCAAAACAGGAACAAUGAAAAUGUGCAUUUGUUGAGCCAUUUCGCCAACUGCAAAAUUGUUUCAGCUCAUAAGUGGCACGUAGUUGCGGAAGUGGCGUGA